AUGGGGCUAAUCAACCCCCACCAUCUCACAUCCAGUACUACUCCAUGGAUGGAAGAUGAAGGACAGCGCAUCGUGGAAGAGGCCACCCACCUGGCCCUUUACAGCAAUCACUGGGCCUUCAGCUCCAAGGCCUUCCAGAGCACUGUGCACCUGAUGCUGCCUGGGGAGAUUGGAACACACGCAGUGUCCAAGGGCACCAAGGCCGUCAUUAGGUACAAAAGCCGCAAGUGA